AUGGGAGGUUAUAAAGGAGUUGCUGCAGUUGGUAAUGUAAGGGGUGCUGGAGUAUUUACUGGCGGAGGUGCUAGACAAGGUUAUGCAGGAGGUGGUAGACCAGGUCCUGUAGAAAAUUUUGGACCAGGUCCUGCGUUUGGUAAUGGAGGCGGUGCUGUAGGAGGACCUGAAGGAGUUACUGCAGGAGGACCAGGAGGAGUUACUGCAGGAGGACCAGGAGGAGCUGCUUUAAGAGGACCAGGAGGAAUUGCUGUAGGAAGACCAGGAGGAAUUGCUGCAAGAGGACUGGGAGGAGUAUCUGCUGGAGGGCAAGAAGAGGUUGCUGCAGGAGGACCAGGAGAAGCUGCCGCAGGAAGACAAGGAGGAACUGCUGCAGGAAGAUUAUAA